CGUUCAUGUCAGCCCGCUGCUGUGUUUUAACACUCGACCGGCCUCUGCCUCAGCGCCUUACGCACAUCUCGCGAUGAGAGCGGGGACACGCGAUAGUUUUGUGCCGCGAGCCAACUUCCAGCCACAGCAGCACAGCGGCAACAGAAGAAGCAGCCACAGCAGCAAUGGCCGCCCUCCGCAGACUGGCAGCGAUGGCCGGCAGGCUAAACCUCUGGCCGGCGGCUGGAAGCGAGCUCGUCGGCGGCCGCGCGGCUGGUGGAGGCGGAACGGGACGCCGGAAGGCUGCGGUCGGCGUGUGUCUCGCUGCGGGAGGCGCGGUGGCGUUUUACGUGUGCGGCGGCGCGGCGGCGAGCGGCGGGAAGAGGAUGGAGAGACGCAGCAUCAGCGGCUGGCUGCCCUCCAUCCCGGCGGUGGAGGCCAAGGAGAAGGCACGCCCAUUUGACUUUGAAGAUGGAGACGUGUACAUGUCGUCCCAUGAGUACCGCUUCCGCAUGUUCAGCUCCGUGGAGUAUGAAGGGCAGCUGUACAUGACUCCACAAAACUUCAUCGAGUCCGUCACCAUGAGUGAACCACGAAACAAGAGGCCCUGGAGGUCCCUGACCAAACAGGAGCUGGAGAAGAUUUUGUGUGAAACUCCACCUGUAUGGAGAGGAUCCUCAAAACUGUUUCGCAACCUGAGGGAACGAGGGAUCAUCUCAUACACAGAGUACCUGUUCCUGCUCUGCAUCCUGACAAAGCCCCACGCUGGCUUUAAGAUUGCUUUCAAUAUGUUUGAUGCAGACGGUAACCAGAUGGUGGACAAGAGGGAGUUCUUGGUGCUUCAGGAGAUUUUCCGAAAGAAGAAUGAGAAGAAAGGGAGGAAAGGAGACGCUGAGAAGUCAGCACAGUUGAGUAUGCAGCUGUAUGGAUAUCAGAUUGCCCCAGUCAACAGCGUGCUAAAAAAAGAAAGUCAGGAGUUUGUGGCGAGAAGUUACUGGGACGUUCUGAGGCGAAGCGCCAGUCAAGUCCUCUUUUCUGACCUGGCGGAGGAUUUUACUCUUGAGCGAUCAGAUGAAAGCAUUACGAUUGACACCACACUGCUUGUCCAUUUCUUUGGAAAGAAAGGGAAGGCAGAACUUACCUUUGAUGAUUUUUACAGGUUUAUGGAUAACUUGCAGACUGAGGUGUUGGAAAUUGAAUUUUUGACCUACUCUAAAGGAAUGACCACCAUCAGUGAAGAAGACUUUGCCAGAAUUCUGCUGCGCUUCACCAACGUGGACAAUAUCAGCGCCUACCUGGAGAAUGUUCGACAAUGUAUACCUGAUGAGAAGGGAAUCACCUUUGAUGAGUUCAGAUCCUUCUUCCAGUUCUUAAAUAAUCUCGAGGACUUUGCCAUUGCCAUGCAGAUGUACAAUUUUGCUGCCCGCUCCAUUGGACAAGAUGAGUUUGCAAGAGCAGUGUAUGUAGCCACUGGACUGAAGCUGACACGUCACCUGGUGAACACCAUCUUCAAGAUCUUCGACGUAGAUCACGACGACCAGCUCUCCUAUAAGGAAUUUAUUGGCAUAAUGAAGGACCGGCUUCACAGGGGAACCAGGGGCUACAAAUCUAUGGAGCGGGCCACCUCAUUUAGAUCCUGCCUGAAGAAGGAGCUGGCAAGCAGCAGGUGAAGGGCCUACACCACACCUUCUACUCUGAAGCCAGACAACAAGUGGACCAUCUCUGGAAAACAUACAAAGAGAAACUGCAAUGAAGAACAUGAAUAAAAGAUGAAGGAAAGAAGGUUAAACAUUCAAGUCUGGUAAUGGAAAAAAUGGAGAGAGCUAAGUUUUAAGAUAAACACUGGCCCACUGGUGAUUUAAAACAAAUCCACUGGUGAUUUAAAACAAGUCACCGGUGGACUUUCAAAGCAGAAAAUAACACAAGCAUAGACACAAUCACAUACAGCUGCUUCUGAUCCUGAGCAAUAAUCACAAUUUUCUAGCACCUUUUUCAGUCAUCUUGUUCUGUUGACCUGUCUUCAACAGAUACAUUUAAAGAUUUGAUUUGAGGAAACUAUCCAUGGUUAAACUAAUUUCAGCUGACCUCAUGCACUACAAACUUUACCAAAUAAAAGAGCACAACUAUUAUUAAGUACUACAUGAGAUAAUGCUAAAUUUAUACAAAUAAGAAUAAUAACCAUUACAAGAUAAUAGUAAAAUAAAAUGUUACCUACUACAUAAAACAAAUUAUGCAUUACAUUAAAUUAAGAUAUUAUUGUGCUAACAUAUUAUUGUGUUUUACUCAUAUUAGUCUUAUUGUUUUACUUUGUUUAAUCUCAUCUAUUUAUUAUUUUUAUUUUAAUGUAUUUUGUCUAUUUCUACAUUUAGGAACCAUACAUAAUCCUAUGGCUUUUGGCGAUAACAACAUUUUUUUCCAAUAUGCCUGAAUCAUUUUUGUCUUGACCUGUUGACUGUUAGUUGCAUGUAUGAUAUGUAUGUCCAAACAGGUGCCUUCUAUUCAUUCCAUUUGUAUUUAAAACAUUUACAUAGUAAGCAAUUUUUUUCACAGCAAUUAUUUCAGCACUGUGUAGCUUUUAAAUAGCAGAACUCGAUAGAUGGACACAGAACUGCAAAAAGGUGUGCAAUGAUUUUGCUAAUUUUCAAUUAAUCUCUAAUGUUGUAUCUGUUAUAUAAUAAUUAUAAUGUAUUGUUUUUAUGGUUGAUGGCGCAUUUCUGUAAAGUUAUUAUUCUCAAUGUCUCCAAAUUCAUUUGUCACAUCCCUCUGUUGACUGAAUUUUACGCAUGAGUAAAUUUGUAUCGUGCGAUUUACAGUACUGCGCAUGUUCAAUGAACACCUUACGCAACCGCAAAUCAUUUAAGAAAGUAAGUAAUACAUAAUAAAGUAAUGUCUUGUGGAUUAUAGAUUCGCAUAUGUAGUUUAGGUAGUCAGCCUGGUACAGACAUGCUCGUGUAAGUUGACUUUGGUAGAUUUCUGAUAUAAAUCACGAGUUUGUUGACCCAUAGUUACAAAAAUCUGGUCAAUGUGGGUGAAUACGUCAGCUGCCAAGGGUUUAUGCCGUACUGGAGUCCUAUUUAUUCUAUUUGAUCUUAAGUUGCAUAUUUACCUAUUUAUUUCUGUGCUUCGUGGGUGUUUUUAAUCACUAUGAGGCAAAAUCUAGAUUUCUCACUUGUCCUAGUUAGUUGGAGUGGGACAUCUACAAAGGAACUGCCACGGCUGUCAUUAGCGUUAAAUAUAAUUUAAAUAAGAAUAGCAUACUUUUAUCAACUGUAGUGUUGUUUAUAGUUACCACGGAUCCAAAGCGUCUUAAAGCUGUUUUGGGGAUAUGGUUUAAUAGUAAUACGUAGAAUUGCACAGUUUGAAUUCCUGAAGAAAAACGUUAUUAUGCUAACGCUAAUGAAAUACUGCCAUCUUGUGCCUCGCCAAACAACUGCUGGUAAGACAACGUCAGUGAAGACAGUGUUAAAGUAUAAAGAUAAUGUCGGGACAAACAUAGUACAUAUAUGUGUGGAUUUUUAUUUUUUCCUAUACCAGCUGUCAUUCUCUGAAAACUAAGAAAAGUGUGGUUGUAACGGAAUUAACGGAACUGUUCGUCUGUCCAAGCUUUCCGUCCGGAACUUUACAAACGAUGGACUGUUUUUCAUCGAUUGUAAACCUCAUUGUAAAGUAAAAAACAUUAACAUUUUCUAUGUGGUGUUAACCCUAUCUUAUCGUAUAUUAUCUGUCGUUGAAUAAUUUACUAGUAAUUUUCUAUUUACGACGUAGAGCGCAUUUAAAAAAUACUUUUAAACGAAAGGAAAACGUCACACGCAAAGCAUUGUGGGUGUUGUAUAACCAGAUUGUAAUAUAAAUAAAUAAAAGCUUUUUCAGCAGUUUGUACAACCACUGAUUUUAAAAACAGAUAGUACGGGUUUAGAGCAGUUAUUUACUUGUUUUGAUGUUCAGCAAUACAAACAAACCCUUACUGAGACUGACUGAGCUGUGGAUGGCAUCCCAUUUUCACAAAUCGAAGUGUUAAGACUAUACUUUCAGGGAUCAUUUCUAUAGUUCUUAUCUUGAGAAAUGUGUUUCUAAAGUGCAUGGUCUCGCUACCCACGAUGAAGAGUCAUGAUAUUCCUUUCUGGGCGUGAAGUGGAUAGAGAAUAAUGAUUCAGGUCAUAUGUUCUCUGUCAUUGAUGACCAUUCUUUGCUUCCUGGUGGAGCAUUGAGGAAAGGAAUAUGGUCAGAGUGGCAGUAAAGCUGUUAAAAUCAAAUAAUGGUUUUUGGGACUGAUUGUCUGUUACUUUAUAAGCAGUCUUAUCUUGUAAAGAUUUUACAAAUUUCUCUUUGUAUGUUCUUUGUGUUCUCUGAUAAAGUGCUAGUGUAAUUUUAAUCAAAAUGACCCUUUAUAUCCUGAAGUUUGUGUUGUGUGUAUCAAACUAUUUAGGUCUACCUUAAUUUAACAAUAAUAACUAGAUAAAAGCUUUUAUCCAAGCCAAUUGCAAUCAGGUAGUUGUUUGCAUUUUAUAAACAAUUUCUCUCUUGUCUUCAUUAUUUCUUUAAACAAGAGCCUUCAUAAGGUUUCCCUCAAAAAGUAGAACUUAAAAUUUUCAUUGUUCUUUGACUUUCAUUUAUGAGAGAAAUCUCUGUUUUGUGAACGUCAGAAGGAACAAUAAUGAGUGGUUACAUAGAUAGAUAGAUAGAUAGAUAGAUAGAUAGAUAGAUAGAUAGAUAGAUAGAUAGAUAGAUAGAUAGAUAGAUAGAUAGAUAGAUAGAGUAAUGCCUUGCAUAGCAUUGGGGGUGCAAAGCAGACUGUAAUUCACAUAAACAUGGCUUCAGUUGCAGUUUAAAGAACCUCAGAUAUUGUCACAGGUAAUGUACUUUACAGCUAUUAUAGAUUUGAUUUGAUGAUCUGCAGCACAAAUGGCCCCUGAUCUAGAACGACUGAGCUGUGGAUGGUAUCCCAUCUUCACAGACUGCAAGACUAAGACUAUACUUUCAGGGAUCAUUUCUAUAGUUUCUGACUUGAGAAAUGUGUUUCUAAAGUGCAUGGUCUCGCUACCCACGAUGAAGAGUCAUGAUAUUCCUUUCUGGGCGUGAAGUGGAUAGAGAAUAAUGAUUCAGGUCAUAUGUUCUCUGUCAUUGAUGACCAUUCUUUGCUUCCUGGUGGAGCAUUGAGGAAAGGAAUAUGGUCAGAGUGGCAGUAAAGCUGUUAAAAUCAAAUAAUGGUUUUUGGGACUGAUUGUCUGUUACUUUAUAAGCAGUCUUAUCUUGUAAAGAUUUUACAAAUUUCUGUUUGUAUGUUCUUUGUGUUCUCUGAUAAAGUGCUAGUGUAAUUUUAAUCAAAAUGACCCUUUAUAUCCUGAAGUUUGUGUUGUGUGUAUCAAACUAUUUAGGUCUACCUUAAUUUAACAAUAAUAACUAGAUAAAAGCUUUUAUCCAAGCCAAUUGCAAUCAGGUAGUUGUUUGCAUUUUAUAAACAAUUUCUCUCUUGUCUUCAUUAUUUCUUUAAACAAGAGCCUUCAUAAGGUUUCCCUCAAAAAGUAGAACUUAAAAUUUUCAUUGUUCUUUGACUUUCAUUUAUGAGAGAAAUCUCUGUUUUGUGAACGUCAGAAGGAACAAUAAUGAGUGGUUACAUAGAUAGAUAGAUAGAUAGAUAGAUAGAUAGAUAGAUAGAUAGAUAGAUAGAUAGAUAGAUAGAUAGAUAGAUAGAGUAAUGCCUUGCAUAGCAUUGGGGGUGCAAAGCAGACUGUAAUUCACAUAAACAUGGCUUCAGUUGCAGUUUAAAGAACCUCAGAUAUUGUCACAGGUAAUGUACUUUACAGCUAUUAUAGAUUUGAUUUGAUGAUCUGCAGCACAAAUGGCCCCUGAUCUAGAACGACUGAGCUGUGGAUGGUAUCCCAUCUUCACAGACUGCAAGACUAAGACUAUACUUUCAGGGAUCAUUUCUAUAGUUUCUGACUUGAGAAAUGUGUUUUUAAAGUGCAUGGUCUCGCUACCCACGAUGAAGAGUCAUGAUAUUCCUUUCUGGGCGUGAAGUGGAUAGAGAAUAAUGAUUCAGGUCAUAUGUUCUCUGUCAUUGAUGACCAUUCUUUGCUUCCUGGUGGAGCAUUGAGGAAAGGAAUAUGGUCAGAGUGGCAGUAAAGCUGUUAAAAUCAAAUAACGGUUUUUGGGACUGAUUGUCUGUUACUUUAUAAGCAGUCUUAUCUUGUAAAGAUUUUACAAAUUUCUGUUUGUAUGUUCUUUGUGUUCUCUGAUAAAGUGCUAGUGUAAUUUUAAUCAAAAUGACCCUUUAUAUCCUGAAGUUUGUGUUGUGUGUAUCAAACUAUUUAGGUCUACCUUAAUUUAACAAUAAUAACUAGAUAAAAGCUUUUAUCCAAGCCAAUUGCAAUCAGGUAGUUGUUUGCAUUUUAUAAACAAUUUCUCUCUUGUCUUCAUUAUUUCUUUAAACAAGAGCCUUCAUAAGGUUUCCCUCAAAAAGUAGAACUUAAAAUUUUCAUUGUUCUUUGACUUUCAUUUAUGAGAGAAAUCUCUGUUUUGUGAACGUCAGAAGGAACAAUAAUGAGUGGUUACAUAGAUAGAUAGAUAGAUAGAUAGAUAGAUAGAUAGAUAGAUAGAUAGAUAGAUAGAUAGAUAGAUAGAUAGAUAGAUAGAUAGAUAGAGUAAUGCCUUGCAUAGCAUUGGGGGUGCAAAGCAGACUGUAAUUCACAUAAACAUGGCUUCAGUUGCAGUUUAAAGAACCUCAGAUAUUGUCACAGGUAAUGUACUUUACAGCUAUUAUAGAUUUGAUUUGAUGAUCUGCAGCACAAAUGGCCCCUGAUCUAGAACGACUGAGCUGUGGAUGGUAUCCCAUCUUCACAGACUGCAAGACUAAGACUAUACUUUCAGGGAUCAUUUCUAUAGUUUCUGACUUGAGAAAUGUGUUUCUAAAGUGCAUGGUCUCGCUACCCACGAUGAAGAGUCAUGAUAUUCCUUUCUGGGCGUGAAGUGGAUAGAGAAUAAUGAUUCAGGUCAUAUGUUCUCUGUCAUUGAUGACCAUUCUUUGCUUCCUGGUGGAGCAUUGAGGAAAGGAAUAUGGUCAGAGUGGCAGUAAAGCUGUUAAAAUCAAAUAUUGGUUUUUGGGACUGAUUGUCUGUUACUUUAUAAGCAGUCUUAUCUUGUAAAGAUUUUACAAAUUUCUGUUUGUAUGUUCUUUGUGUUCUCUGAUAAAGUGCUAGUGUAAUUUUAAUCAAAAUGACCCUUUAUAUCCUGAAGUUUGUGUUGUGUGUAUCAAACUAUUUAGGUCUACCUUAAUUUAACAAUAAUAACUAGAUAAAAGCUUUUAUCCAAGCCAAUUGCAAUCAGGUAGUUGUUUGCAUUUUAUAAACAAUUUCUCUCUUGUCUUCAUUAUUUCUUUAAACAAGAGCCUUCAUAAGGUUUCCCUCAAAAAGUAGAACUUAAAAUUUUCAUUGUUCUUUGACUUUCAUUUAUGAGAGAAAUCUCUGUUUUGUGAACGUCAGAAGGAACAAUAAUGAGUGGUUACAUAGAUAGAUAGAUAGAUAGAUAGAUAGAUAGAUAGAUAGAUAGAUAGAUAGAUAGAUAGAUAGAUAGAUAGAUAGAUAGAUAGAGUAAUGCCUUGCAUAGCAUUGGGGGUGCAAAGCAGACUGUAAUUCACAUAAACAUGGCUUCAGUUGCAGUUUAAAGAACCUCAGAUAUUGUCACAGGUAAUGUACUUUACAGCUAUUAUAGAUUUGAUUUGAUGAUCUGCAGCACAAAUGGCCCCUGAUCUAGAACGACUGAGCUGUGGAUGGUAUCCCAUCUUCACAGACUGCAAGACUAAGACUAUACUUUCAGGGAUCAUUUCUAUAGUUUCUGACUUGAGAAAUGUGUUUCUAAAGUGCAUGGUCUCGCUACCCACGAUGAAGAGUCAUGAUAUUCCUUUCUGGGCGUGAAGUGGAUAGAGAAUAAUGAUUCAGGUCAUAUGUUCUCUGUCAUUGAUGACCAUUCUUUGCUUCCUGGUGGAGCAUUGAGGAAAGGAAUAUGGUCAGAGUGGCAGUAAAGCUGUUAAAAUCAAAUAAUGGUUUUUGGGACUGAUUGUCUGUUACUUUAUAAGCAGUCUUAUCUUGUAAAGAUUUUACAAGUUUCUGUUUGUAUGUUCUUUGUGUUCUCUGAUAAAGUGCUAGUGUAAUUUUAAUCAAAAGCCAAUUGCUUCCUGGUGGAGCAUUGAGGAAGGGAGUAUAGUCAGAGUGGCAGCAAAGCUGUUAAAAGCGCCGUUUAUCAUUAUGUAGGUAAGAGACAAUGACACUCCUGAUGGAACAGAUGAAGUAACUUUUAACACAGUUGCACUAAAUGAGGAGUCUUCAUGUGAUGGAUAAACAGCAUUUGCUACUGCUGUGACAUCUGGGACACCAGUGUUUCAUUCUCAAGUUGUCCUGUGUCGCUGUAGUAUUUACAAAUCACAAGUUGAAGUUUGUAUGAAUUGCAGGUUAACGUUGUCUUUGUUUAAUAUUUAAUGGUCAUAUGAAGAAAUUAGGGCGCAGCAUUUGGUAUGUUUUUUUACAGCAUUUCAGCCAGCAGCUGCGUUUUUUUUGCCACUGGGUUUUGCCAUAAAUUGAGCGGCCCGAGUGAUUGAUAACAGCAAACCAUAAUCAAUCAAUUUUGGUCACUGAUUUUUAACAUUUGUCGAACGUUGUUGCAGACCUAAAAAUUUGUAGUCUGUUUUUUUGUCAUUUUAUCCUGUACACCAUACUGUCCGGUACGUGUGAGUUGCAGAUCUAUUAUGUAUCUAAAUGGUCGCCAGGUCAUGGGUGACCAAGCCUGGGCAAAUGAGUUAAAUCAGUUCUUCAACAGAUUUGACUCUGCCCAGCCCCCAGUCUCAAUCUACACGGCUCCCCCUUGACACCUCUACAGUCCAGGAGUCUCCUCCCAGCUGCAACUGUUCACACCUCAGCACCACGCAGCUCACUCUGCCCUUCCUCCGACCACAAUAAUGUGACCCCCCCAACAACCCACAGCUCCAGACCAGCCACUGCCCACCGCCAGGUCAGAAGGGAGUUAAGGGGAGCAAAGGCCAGAAAAGCCACAGGCCCUGAUAACAUCAGCUGCAGGGUCUCCUAUAGUGAUGGGAAGUCUCUUUUCACAGAUUUGGCACAGCAUUUGUUUAUUCCACAUUGUCAUAAUAUUUAAAGCAGUUUAUUUUAAAGCAGUUUUCUAUUCAAAAAAAUACCAAGUCACUUCAUUUCAAUCACACUUAAAAACUCCACCCUCUCCUUUGGUUUGUGCAGACAGCUGCUAAGGACUUUCUAUGACACUGUGGUAUCCUCAGUAGUCCUGUAUGGAGUUGUGUGCUGGGCCAGGGGCAGUACAGGCAGAGACAGGAAGAGACUCAACAAACUAGUUAAAAAGCCGGCUCUGUGCUGGGCUGCACACUGGAGUCCAUAGAGGAGGUGGCGGACAGAGGAAUGUUGACUAAACUAACAUCCAUCAUAGAGAACCCCUCAACCCCCUGCACCACACUGUAGAGGCUCUGAGCAGCUCCAUCAGCACCAGACUGUUACACCCACAGUGCAGGAAGGAGCUUAUUCCUCCCCUCAGCCAUAAGACUCUACAAUAUAGCAAUGCAGUGACACAAUUGUCUUUUCCUUGCACUAAUAUUACCGUUAUUUCCUUUUACACAACUUUUCUACUGCUGGUGUUUACUUUUACUUUUUUGUCCGUCGUGCUGCUGCUGUAAACACAAAAAUUUCCCCUAUGUAAGAUUAAUAAAGUUGUAUCCUAUCCUGUUAUUAAUCAUGGACUUAGCAAGUUAGUCUUAUAUUUAAUGUUAUGUUGUAUAUUUACCUAAUCGUUCAUGUGCGUUUACAUGAAUAUUUAAUCAGUACAACACAAAAUCUAGAUUUCUCUCUUGUUCUAGUUAGUUGGAGCGAGACAACUACAAAUCAACUGUCAUUGCUGUCAUUAGCGUUAAACAUAACGUAGAUAAGAAUAGCAAGUUUUUGUGAGGUAAUAUAAUCAAUUGUAAAUUUUGUUUUUACUCACCAACUGGCCAACACGUCUGCAAAGUUCUUCUGGUGAUAUGUUUAACAGGAAUAUGUAGAAUUGCAGUUAAAACUCCAAAAAAAUGCAGCUAAUGCUAAUGAAAUGCUGCCAUCUUGUGUCGCGCCAAACCAACUGCUAGUAAGUUACCGUCGUUCAAGACAUAUUAAGGUAAUAUUAGAACAAACAUAACAUGUAUAAAAUAUAUAGUUUUUACCAAUAUGUAGUUUUUCAUUUGGCCAGUUGCCAUACCUUAAAAGCGGAGACAAGUGUGAUUAUAACGGAACUAGCGGUAUUGUUCUUCUGUACCAGAUUUCCGUCCGGAAUGUUAUGAACUACGCACUGUUUUUCCAUCGUUAAAUAAUUCAAAUGUUACAGUUUAUAUAUCCUUACACGUUGUUCGUGUAGUGUUCAAGUGUUUUCAAAUCAGUGAAUAAUUUACAGUUUACUUCGUCUUCAAGUCAUAGACUGAAAAGCAAUACACUUAUAUAAUGCAAGAUAAAAACCGAAGUGCAUUGUGGGUGAAAACAAAUUGUAAUUCCAAAUUAAUAAAUAGCCUUUUCGACAGUUUAGAGUUCUAAAGAUAUUAAAAUCAGUUAGUACUGGCCUACAGCUACUAUGUACUUUUUUUGGUGCGCGGCAGUAAAACAACACCCUAAGCUAGAACGACUGCGCUGGAGGUAGGGUGACAUCUUCGCAGGCUUCAACGUUAAGACUAUACUUUCAGGGAUCAUUUCUAUAGUUCCUAACUUGAGAAAUGUGUUUCUAAAGUGAUCGGUCUCGCUACCCACGAUGAUGAGUCACGAUAUCCCCUUCUGAGCGCGAAGCGGGCAAAGAAUAAUGAUUCAGUUCAUACGUUCUUUGCCAUUGAUGACCGUUCUUUGCUUCUCUGCGGAGCAUUGAGGAAGGGGAUAUGAUCAGAGUGGUA